GAACCGGAUCCCGCCCAGGGGAAGAGCACCGGGACUGCGAUUUGCUUCGAGGCGGGUGAGACCGUGGCCGCUUCGGGGUGCGGCGAGUGGGUUUCCUCCCGCUUGCCCGUCGGGGCUGGCUGCUGCUGCAAGGAUGCGGGGUGCCAGAGCGGUGUGGCUGCUGGCCGGCGCCCUCCUGAUGGUGGCCUCGGCCUCGGGCAAUCGCACCUCCCAAGGAGCCAUCAGGCCCUCUAAAGGGAGGAGUCUUAUUGGUAAGAUGGGCACGGCCCCUCCAAUCUCAGGGAGAGGAGUUACAGUGGAACCCGGUUUCUCUGUGGAUGAGUUUUCUACAACUGUCCUCACUGGAAAGUUGACGACGGUCUUUCUUCCAGUCAUCUAUACCAUUGUGUUUGUGAUUGGUCUGCCCAGUAAUGGCAUGGCCCUGUGGGUUUUUCUUUUCCGCACAAAGAAGAAGCACCCCGCUGUGAUUUACAUGGGCAACCUGGCCUUGGCAGACCUCCUCUCUGUCAUCUGGUUCCCCCUGAAGAUCGCCUACCACCUACAUGGCAAUGAUUGGACUUACGGGAACACGCUGUGCAAGGUGCUCAUCAGCUUUUUCUACGGUAACAUGUACUGCUCCAUUCUCUUCAUGACCUGCCUCAGUGUGCAGAGGUACUGGGUCAUCGUGAACCCCAUGGUGCACCCCAGGAAGCAGACACACAUCGCCGUGGGUGUCUCUCUGGGAAUCUGGCUGCUGAUCACGCUGGUCACCGUCCCUUUGUACGUCAUGAAGCAGACCAUCUACAUCCCAGCCCUCAACAUCACCACCUGUCACGACGUCUUGCCGGAGCACGUGCUGGUGGGGGACAUGUUCAAUUACUUCCUCUCUCUGGCCAUCGGCGUCUUUUUGUUCCCAGCCCUCCUCACAGCGUCGGCCUACGUGCUCAUGAUCCGGACGCUCCGCUCUUCGGCCAUGGACAAGCAUUCGGAAAAGAAGAGGCAGAGGGCCAUCCGACUCAUCGUCACAGUCCUGGCCAUGUACUUGAUCUGCUUCACUCCCAGUAACCUUCUGCUCGUGGUGCAUUACUUCCUGAUCAGGAGCCGAGGCCAGAGCCACGUGUACGCGCUGUACAUCGUGGCCCUCUGCCUGUCCACCCUCAACAGCUGCCUCGACCCUUUUGUCUAUUACUUCGUGUCACAAGACUUCCGCGACCAGGCAAAGAACGCCCUCCUUUGUCGGAGUGUCCGCACCGUGCAGCGGAUGCAAAUCUCCCUUUCCUCCAAGAAGUUCUCCAGGAAAUCCAGCUCUUACUCUUCCAGUUCAACCACCGUCAAAACUUCCUACUGAGUCUUCUGUGGAGUGGAACCAUAGGGCAUGGAGCCCACUUAAUGUGGGGAGCUCGUGGGGGGGGGGAGGGCUGUCAUUUCUUAACCAAGCUAAUCUCAACACAGUCCAUGCGGAUAUAUCUCUUCACAAGAUAACCAGAAGCUUCCCCGUUUGCAUGGUGUAAGUGUCCCACAUUGGCAUGGGUGAGAAUUCUGCUACUCACCUGUCCUGGAAACUGACCUGGCAAAAGCAGAGGCUUUAGAACUUGGUGAAGUGACUGAGAAGCGGUGACUAGCAAAAACUGCACCUGGGAUGAAACCGUUUCUUCUACAUCUGGGCCCUGUCCUAGGCUGGAGAACCCUCAGGGAGCAUCAGCGGGAUGAGGAAGAUGAAGAAACUGAAUGAACACCCUGGUCAGAUCUCUUACCAUCCCCCUCUGACUGCCCUCUCUUGCUAGCUCCUUUCUUCCUCUGGAGAGCCCCCUUCUGAUCUCACGUGUCACUUAGUACUUUUAAAGGUGAUUGUUGCAGUAUUUAUUGUCAGUUUUGUUCAUUUGUUAUCAAAUAUGGAAUUAAGGUUGAUGGGGUAUGGACCUCAUCUAGUAACUGGGAGCCGGCCUUGGAUAACAGUAUGUAAACGUUCUUCAUCUAAACCACUGAUCCUGCUAAAUGUGCGUAUUCGUGGGCCUCAGUAAUGAGCGCCCAGACAUGGAGAAGCUGGCCCCUUUGCAAACUCAAACGAUGCUUCCGUACACAAAGGUUUGAGAACCAUGGCUUCUGCUUGUCCCAGGACACUGUGACAAUGUCUGCAAAGAAAAGCCAACCAGAAUGCUUUGUGUCCCUUUACGUUAGGUUUAUAGUGAAAUCUGCCUUAUGGCUUACUGGAGAUUUCACUUUUUUCCUUUAUUAACUAAUCUCUUUAGCUUUUCUGAGUACGUUAUUCAAGAAAAACUAGAUAAGGAACUUAAACAUGUAAAUACAAAUUUUGUACAAUCUUUCAGUGAUAUCAGUUUGAAUAAUAGACUUUUUUCAAGCUAAAAAAUACCACUUAGAACUUAGUUUUAUUGUUUUUUUAAUUUAGCAUGCACAGUUAUGGGUGUCAUUGUGACGUGUUUAUCUAUAACCCAUUCAUCUCCCUCUCCACCCGCUCUCCCUGCCCUCUCUUGCUAGCUCCUUUCUUCCUCCAGAGAGCCCC